CCAGGCGCCGCAGCUGCAGUCCCGCCCUUGGAUUUGGGCUCUGGCGGCGCGGAGAUAAACACCUGAACCUCACUGCUCUGCGAGCCAGCAACUCGGUCCCCGGGGUAAACGAGGCCGGCUUCUCGCGGGACUGCAAGGGAAGCCUAUCCGGGGUGUUGUACAGAACAUGUCUUCCUCCCUGAAAGGAACAAAGGAAUUGCUCGUUUUCUUAGGAAAAUCACUUUUUGGUGUUCUGGAAGCUCUGCUUUUUACUUUAAUUCCAAAGCCACGAAAAAAUGUUGCUGGUGAAAUUGUCCUCAUAACAGGCUCUGGAAGUGGACUUGGGAGGCUCUUAGCCUUGCAUUUUGCCCGCCUUGGAUCUGUACUUGUUCUCUGGGAUGUCAGUACAGAGACGAAUGAGGAGACACUCCGGAUGGCUCAGGAAGCUGGUGCCACAAGGGUACAUGCCUACACCUGUGACUGCAGUCGAAAGGAAGAAGUCUAUAAAGUGGCUGAUCAGGUUAAAAAAGAAGUUGGAGAUGUUUCCAUUUUAAUCAACAAUGCUGGAAUUGUAACAGGCAAGAAGUUUCUGGACUGCCCAGAUGAGCUUAUGGAAAAGUCAUUUGAUGUGAAUUUUAAAGCACAUUUAUGGACUUAUAAAGCCUUUCUACCUGCUAUGAUUGCUAAUAGCCAUGGACAUUUGGUUUGCAUUUCCAGUUCAGCUGGAUUAGUUGGAGUAAAUGGGCUGUCAGAUUAUUGUGCAAGUAAAUUUGCAGCCUAUGGAUUUGCUGAAUCAAUGCUUAUAGAAACAUUUGCCCAGAAGCGUAGAGGGAUCAAAACUACAAUUGUGUGUCCGUUUUUUAUAAAAACGGGAAUGUUUGUGGGUUGUACUACUAGUUCCCCUACUCUGUUGCCAAUUCUGGAACCAGAAUAUGUAGUCAAGAAAAUAAUAGAUGCUAUUCUGCAAGAACAGGCAUACCUGUAUUUGCCAAAGUUUUUAUACUUAAUGGUGAUUUUAAAAAGUAUCCUGCCCAUCAAGACGGGACUGCUUGUAGCUGAGUAUUUAGGAACCUUUAAGGUAAUGGAUGGCUUCGUUGAGCAAAAGAAGAAAGACCAACUAAAGACCAACUCUGUGUCUGAUGCCAUCUGAUACCAGAACUAUAUCAUGAUUAGUUCAAAGAAGAAAAGUAUGUUUGUCUAACAGUGGAAUAUACUGAAGACAAGUAUUCCUACUCUGCUAUCUGGACUAGAAUUUUCAACCAGUGUCUGAAAUUGACAUUUUUUUUGUUGAGUUUGGGGAUUUUGUUGUUUUGUUGUUAGGGUGGGUGUUGUUC